CCGUGCCGUAGCGCUUCUUCCUCCCUCCGCUCCCGUCCGAUCCGGCUAUAAAUUCCUCGCCUCCUCCCGUCUUGUAUCCACACAUCCGAUCCAAUCCAAUCCAGCCCCCCAUCCGAUCUCGCCGGGAAAUCUCUCCGAUCGAAGCGAAGCGAAGGCUCUCUCGUCCUCCUCCUCAAGAUGCAGAUCUUCGUGAAGACCCUUACUGGCAAGACCAUCACCCUUGAGGUUGAGUCCUCUGACACCAUCGACAAUGUCAAGGCAAAGAUACAGGACAAGGAGGGCAUCCCCCCGGACCAGCAGCGUCUCAUCUUUGCUGGCAAGCAGCUCGAGGAUGGCCGCACCCUUGCGGACUACAACAUCCAGAAGGAGUCCACCCUCCACUUGGUGCUCAGGCUCCGUGGUGGCAUGCAGAUAUUUGUGAAGACCCUCACUGGCAAGACCAUCACCCUGGAGGUGGAGUCGUCUGACACCAUUGACAACGUGAAGGCGAAGAUCCAGGACAAGGAGGGCAUCCCCCCGGACCAGCAGCGUCUCAUCUUUGCCGGUAAGCAGCUUGAGGAUGGCCGCACCUUGGCGGACUACAACAUCCAGAAGGAGUCCACCCUUCACUUGGUGCUCCGUCUCCGUGGUGGCCAGUAAAGCUCCUGGCGAUGGAGCUCUGCUUCGGUCUCUGGGUUCGCAAGUCUCGUCUUUGUUUCUGUACUGUACAUUGAUGCAGUGUUACCGUUUGUAUCUUCAAACUUCUGCUGGUGUGCAGCAGCUUUGGUGAACUAUGAAUAAGUGAGCCUAAAUUCGGUUUGUCUUGCAUGAUGUUUGCUGUUGUGUUAAAUACUGUGGUUUCUUGCUA